AUGGGUCGGUUCAGUUCGGGUGAGGGGUGGACAGGGAGUCUUGGAACAAGUAAUGCUCUUAGUCAUGGCGUUGUUCCUGCUGCGGGUCAUGGAGUUCAGAAUGGGUACAGUGGUCAGCCUAGUAUAAGUCCAUCAGUUAUUAAGUGCAUAAGUGUUCUUUAUGGAGUAGGAAUGCUUUCAACGCCUUAUGCUGCUAAAGAAGGUGGAUGGGUAGGACUUUCUAUCUUGUUCACUUUCAAAUUUCUUUCCUUUUAUACUGUAUUGCUUUUGCGUUCUUACUUGGAUAGUGAAUCUGGUCUUGAGACAUAUCCUGACAUUUGUGAAGCUGCUUUUGGUACUGCUGGACGUAUUGCCAUUUUAAUAGGUUGUUGCAUUGAGUAUAUAAUUUUGGAAGGUGAAAACUUGGCUUCCUUGUUUCCAAAUGCAUACUUAAAUUUAGGUGUAUUUGUGUUGAAUCCGAAAACACUCUUUGCUGUAAUUACCCCGUUGGUUGUUCUUCCUACAGUUAGGCUCUGUGACCUUAGUAUUCUUAGUUACAUUUCAGCCGGUGGAGUUAUUGCACUUGUUUUAGUAAUUAUGUAUUUGUUAUGGGUCGGCGUAGAAGAAGUUGGCCAUGGUUUAAAAUUCCCUGCAGUACUAGUAGCACAAUUAAUCAAAGAUCCUUCGGAUUUUGUAGCUUACUCUAUGCUGGAGGUGCUAUUGUGGGAUACAGAAUGUUUGGAGAAGAUACUCUCAAAAUUCACACUUAACCUGCCCCAAGAUUUGGAUGCAACCAAGAUUGUUGUCUGGACUACGGUGGUUAAUCCAUUUACCAAAUAUUUAUACGUGUUGUGUGAAUACACAUAUGCAUGA